AUGAGUCACCUGCACCGCGAGGCGCGCAUUUGCGGCGCCGCCCUCUCCCGCCACGGCGGCCGCGUCGACGUGUCCCCCUGGGCCGGCCCCCCGCGGCGCGGCGCUGCUGCGGAGGACGGCAGCGGCGGCGGCGGCGGCGGGGCGCCUGUGCUGGCGGACGAGUGGCUGCCCGAGCUGCUGGCGGCGGCGGUGGUGCUGUACACCUGGCGCGUCAGCGGCAGCGUGCAGAGCGGAACGGCGAUGGCGGGCGUGAUGGAGGCCAACAUCGGGGGCAUGCAGGAGCUGACCGAGCUGGAGCGCAUGUUGGGCAUGUCUGGCGGCGCGGGCGCGCAGGGCGGCAACGCGGGCCCCAUGGCGGCCGCGCGCACCACCGUACUCAGCGAGGUCGAGAGCAGCACGCGCUACGUGGCGAUCACCCAGGUCGUCCUGUUCUCAGGCUGGAAGGCCGGCGCGCUGCUGUCGAUGUCGGCCUACGUCAUGGCCAUGCUGGCAUCCCUCGCCCACAUGGGCAGCGGCGCAAACAGCGGCGGCGGCGGCGGCGGCAGCUCCGACGCGGCGGCAGCGGCCGGCGGCAGCGGCAGCGGCGGCGGCGGCGGGGCGGCGUCAGAGGCGGAGGAGGAGCAGCAGGCUAUGGCGCGCGUGCUGUUAUAUGUGCCGGUCGCUUUCGUCUCCGCGCCGCUGGAGCUGCUGCUUGCUCUGCAGGCGGCGGGCAGCCCGUUUGCGGCGGCGAGCUGCAAGCUCACGGAGCCGCAGCUGCAGGCGUUUGUGGGGUUUGUGGUGGCGUGCCUCUGCGACGAGCGCGUGGUGCACCCAGACGUGCGGGAGCUGAUCAUGCGCGCGCUGUCCACGCUGCUGGAGUCCCCCGGCUGCAUCGCCGCGAUGGAGCGCCACCCCGCGGCCAUCAACUCGCUCGUGCCGCGGCUCAUGGGCAGCUUUGCGGGGGAGCACUGGCAGGAGGUCGCGCUCGCGCUGCUGCGGCUGGUGGGGGGCGCGGGCAUGGGGGAGCUCGUGGAGCCGUCCGCGCAGUGGCGGCUUCGCCAGCGGCAGCUGCAGCUCGAGCGGGAGCAGCAGCAGCAGCAGCAGCAGCAGCAGCGGGCCGCGUCGCCGCAGACGCCGUCGUCCGCGCGCGCGCCGCCUUACGGCACCGCCGACUGGCGGGCGCGCCUGGUGCCGCCGCUGCGCACGGACAGCGCCGGCGCGGCGCUGACGGUCGUGGAGGCCGUGGCGGCGCACGUGCGGCGCGGGGACGGCCCGGGGGACAGCAUGGACGGGUUUGACGGCGGCCCCGCGGGCGGCGGCGGGGCCGCCGCUUGGGGCGCCGCGCCCGUGGUGGGGCGGCCGUCUUCAGGGUCUGACCUGUUCCGGGGUUCCUUUGGGCGCUACGCGUCACACAACCUGGAGGCUGCGGCGCGGUUCCUGGGGCAGCUAUACGACUCGCUCAACAGCGUGCUGACCGAGAGCGCGUCCCUGGUGGUGGAGCUGCACAGGGCAGUCGGCCUCGCGCCGCCCGCGCAGCUGCUGCCCGCGCAGCCCGGCGCCGCGGCGGCCGGCGCGCCCGCGCUGCCGCCUGCGGUGGAGCAGGGAGUGCGGGAGGGCGGGCAGCAGCAGCAGCAGCAGCAGCAGCAGCAGCAGCAGCAGCCGGAGGUGGCCGGGGCCGGGCCUCCGCAACAGCAGCAGCCCGGCGGCGCCCCGGCCCCGCCCCAGCCGCCGCCUGAGCGCCUGUCUCAGACGCAGCUGCAGCAGCGCUACCGCCGCGCCGCGGCGCUGGUGGACGUCUCGAUUGCGCUGCUGCGGCUGCUGGAGGCGACCGCGCGCGACGCGCCGGCGGUCUUCUUAUGCGGGGACACGGCGGCGCUGGCUAUGGCGCGGCUCAUAGAGCUCAUGGCCUUCGUGCUGCGCCACUACUGCAGCGGCGCCGAGGCGCGGCGCCUGGGGCAGCUGCUGCGCCAGCGCAGCAUCGCGAUCGCGCGCCACCGGCGCACGGGCGGCGGCGGCGCGGGCGGCGGUGGGGGCGCGGCGGCGGCGGCGCGGGCGCCGUUCCCGGCGGACGAGGCGGAGGGCGGCGAGGCGGGCGGCGGCGGCGGCGGCGAGGCCGAGGGGGAGGGGCGCCGCGCGGGCGAGCAGUCGCCGGUGGAGCGGCUGGCGCGCGCGGCGGUGCUGGCGCCGCUGGCUGGCAUCAUCCUCAACCUGGCAACUGCCGAGCAGCUUCCCGACGAGCCGGAGGCAGAUGCCGCCGCCCCCAGCGGCGGCGACGGCGACAGCGGCGGCGUGCGCUCCACGGCGGCGCUCGUCGGCACAAAGCAGCUGCGCACGCGCCCCGAGCAGCAGCCCGGCACGCUCUGCCCCGCCGGCGUGCGGCGGCGGCGCAGCUUCCUGGCCCAGCUGGCGCAGUCUGACAUCCCCACGGAGUCCCUGGAGCAGCUGCUCAGCCUGGACUGGCUGCAGCUGGAAGCUUCGCGGAAGCUGCUGCGCCCGGAGCGCACCGCGGGCGCCGUUGCGGGGCUGCUGCUGCAGGACAGCAGCGACCUCCGCAGCGGAGCCGACGCGCUGCGAGAGGAGCGGCGGCGCUCGCAGGCCGCGUCCCCGCCGCCGCCGCUGCCGCCCGGCGCGGCGCAGCAGCAGCAGCAGCAGCAGCACCACGCGUCCCCGGCGCCAAUGGACGUGGACGGCGCGGUGGGCGGCGGCGGCGCGGAGGCCGACUCCUUCAACAUGAACGCUGCGUGGGAGGCCGCCGCCACCGCCGCCAGCGGCGCCGGCGAGCCCGGCCCCGCGCUGCAGCAGCAGCUCGAGCGGCUGGCCUCCGUGCUGGACGCGGUCGCGCGGCGGCGCGCGCAGCUCGGCGGCUCGCAGGGCGGCGGGGGCGGGGGCGGCGGGGCUGGCGGUGGUGGCGGGCCUGGUGAGGCCGUCCCUGACGAGUUCCUGGACCCCCUGACUGCCGCCAUGAUGGAGGACCCCGUGAUCCUGCCGGCCAGCAGGAUGGUGGUGGACCGCAGCACAAUAUCCAGCACCGCCCCAUCACUUUGA